UCCGCGCGCGUCAGCAGUCCCUCCCAGCCGCCUCCGCCCCUGCGGCGCUGACCCGCCGCGCUGGGGUCGCCGAUCUUAGCUAUGUCACAGAAACGGCACCGCACGACCCGUGCCCUUCACGCCCGGCUUCGUCCGCCAGGCGUGGUGUUUUGGGGGUUCAUCCUCGUCCUUGCCCGGGUCCGUGUUUCUCGCGGACGCUGUGGGGCGUGGGUGACGGUGGCGAGACGAGGUCAGAAACAGACACCCGGAGCCGAGCGCUGGAACGGAGAAAGAAUAAGUUGCCUCUUGAGGAAGCGAACUCGGAAGCCAGGACCCCGGUGCCCGGGGCUGGAGCUGGGACACCGGGAAGGGGGCGUGCUGGGGGCGCGACACACUGGACGCUAGACCUCCGACCUCCCAGGACACCGGGCUGCCUCCUCCGGCUCCCGGGUCUCAGGAGCUGGCCGGAGACCCAGCCAAGGGCACAGAGCCGCAGCUGGAGGCGGGGUGUCCGGUUUGGGUCUGAGGCCCAGGGCGGAACCCCUGACUUGCCCCAACGGGGCAUUUGUGGUGGGGAUGAGGCCACCCCCGCCCAGCUGACUUCCUGGGUUUCUUUCUCUUUCCUUUUGACUCGCUGUGGGAUGGGCUGUACCGCUUUAACUUUUUUUUUUUUUUUCGUCUUUUUCUUGCUUUGAUUCAACGUGUUCCGGGGUGGGGACAGGAUGGCUCGGCCGGCCUGCCGGUGGCACAGAGGCUCCCCUGGGGCUGCAGGCCUCCACGUGGACGCGAUGGGGCGGCCUGUGGCCCGGCUGUCUCUCCUCCUUCUCCUGCUCAGCAGGCAGGGCGCUGCCUGCGGAACCAGUGGGUGCUGUUUCCAGGACAUGCCACAUCCGGACGCAGACUCAGGAUCUCUUCCAGGUUCCGCCUCAGGCCCCAAGGACCUGAGCUGCUACCGGAUAGCCAGUGCCCUUUACGAAUGCUCCUGGCGGUACGAGGGCCCCACGGCUGGGGUCAGACACUUCCUGAUGUGCUGCCUUAGCCCCGGGCGCUGCUGCUACUUCGAUGCAGGCUCAGCCACCAGGAUGCGCUUCUCCGACCAGGACGGGGUGUCUGUGCUCUACACCGUCACACUGUGGGUAGAAUCCCGGGCCGCAAACUGGACAGAGAAGUCGCCUGAGAUUACUGUACAGCUCUACCGCUCCGUUAAGUACGACCCUCCCCUGGGAGACAUCAAGGUGUCCCGGUCAGCGGGGCGGCUGCAGAUGGAGUGGGAGACCCCAGCCCGCCAGGAUGGCGCUGAGGUGCAAUAUCGGCACCGGACGCCCAGCAGCCCAUGGAAGUUGGGUGACUGCGGACCCCAAGAUAAUAUGGAGUCCUGCAUCUGCCCCCUGGAGAUGGAAGUGGCCCAGGAAUUCCAACUACGACGGCGGCAGCUCCAGCUGGGGGCCCCAGGAGGUCCCUGGAGCAGCUGGAGCAGCCCUGUGUGCAUCCCCCCUGAACCACCCCCGCAGCCCAAGCUGAGGUUGUUGGUGGAGCGGCUCGGCCAGGACGGGAGGAGGCGGCUCGGCCUGCACCACCAGCCGAAGCAGCAUAAGCUUCCAGAAGGUUGCCAAGGCCCAGCGUCUGGUGUAGAGGUGACCUACCGAGUACAUCUGCACAUGCUGUCCUGCCCCUGUAAGGCCAAGGCCACCAGGACCCUGCGCCUGGGGAAAAUGGUCUAUCUGUCGGGUGCUGCCUAUAAUGUGACUGUUGUCUCCUGGAAUCGAUUUGGCGCCGGCCCGAACCAGACGUGGCACAUUCCUGCUUCCGCCCACACAGAGCCAGGGGCUCUGAAUAUCAGCGCUGGAACCGAUGGGACCAGCAUGCACUGGCCAGCCCGGGCUCAGGGCACAACGUACUGCAUUGAGUGGCAGCCCCACGGCCAGGACAGGGGCCUUGCCACCUGCACCCUGACUACGGCCCAAGCCCAGGAUUCAGCUGGAAUGGCAACCCACAGCUGGAGCCGAGCACCCAGGGCGAUGGGGCAGGAGAAGUGUUACCAGAUCACGAUCUUUGCCUCUGCACACCCGGAGAAGCCCACAUCGUGGUCUACGGUCCUGUCCAGUUACCACUUUGGGGGCAAUGCCUCGGGGGCCGGGACCCCGCAUCACAUCUCAGUGAAGAAUCACAGCCCAGACUCGGUGUCUGUAGACUGGACGCCGUCCCCGCUGAGCUCCUGUCCCGGCGUCCUGAAGGAGUAUGUCGUGCGCUGCCGAGAUGAAGAUAGCAACCAGGUAUCGGAGCAGCCCGUGAAGCCCACAGAGACCCAAGUCACGCUCCAUGGCCUGCGGGCCGGCACAGCCUACACAGUUCAGGUGCGAGCAGACACGGCACAGCUCAGGGGUGCCUGGAGCCAGGCCCAGCACUUCAGCAUCGAAGUCCAGGUUUCCGAUUUGUUCAUCCUCCUCGCGUCUCUGGGCAGUUUCGUGAGCGUCCUCCUCCUGGGCGUCCUUGGCUACCUUGGCCUGAACAGGGCUGCCCGGCACCUGUGCCCGCUCCUGCCCACACCCUGUGCCAGCUCUGCUGUCCAGUUCCCCAGCAGCCAGGGGAAGCAGACUUGGCAGUGGAUCACCCCGGUGGACUUCCAGGAAGAGCUGUCCCCACAGGAGGCCCUAGUGGUAGAGGUGUCCUGGGACAAGUGCGAGGGGACAGAGCCUCUCAAGGAGAAGACAGCGCUGCCCUGGGGUGUUCCCGAGCCGGCCCUGGACCCAGAGCUGUCCUUGGAGGAUGGAGACAGGUGCAAGGACACCCCCAGGCUGAUGUCCUGGGGCCCAGGGGGCAGGAUGGUCAGGGGGACAACCCUGCCCAGGCGGAUGGACUCCUGCUGUUCCCCGGAGAGACAGGAGCACUGACUAUCACAACCGUGAUGGCUGGUUAUUAAGCACUGAUGGUAUACCCAGCCCAUUCCAUCCAGACACUCUCAUGAUGCAACCCCCCACCAAAUCCCCACCACUGCCCCUGCAAGGUACCAUGGCUGUUCCAUGUCAGAGAUGUGGCCACUGAGGCUCAGAGUGGGUGAGUGACUCGCUUAGGCCACACAGCACAGGUAGGAGUCAUAUUUGGGCCUGAGUGACCCAAGGCCCCUCAGCCCCUAGACCCCAGCACCCCUGCCUCCCACCCUGACCUACUCUGACCAGCACCUGUUGCUUCACAUCUUAUGGUGGGAACCCUAGAAACCACCGUGAAACAGAAGCUACUGUGCCCAGCCGGGCCAGACAUCCAUGGGGCAGGGACAGACUCUGUCACUGGCCCAUUCUGGAGCAGGAUAGACUGGCGGUGAGGGGCAAAUGGAACUCAGAUCUAUCCCAGAACCCUGGCCUGGGCGUCCUCUCCCAGGAGCACUGGAUAGGGAGUCUGGGUGCAGGGCUCCUUGCAGCACUGUGGGGUCUUGAGGCUUUGAGGAUCCAGGUGGGGGGGACAAGAGGAGCUCUGAACAUUCUAGGGAAACGGAUGGUCCCUCCCCAGCCUCAGUCUGCCCUCCCCACCCCGCAAGAUGGGGGUGAUGACAUUGUUGACCUCACAGAGCUGUUCAAAGUCGCAAUAAAGGAGCCCCCUCUUGGGUAGAUCUCUG